CCCCUGACAGUACUUUGCAGAGGAUGAUUCAACCAUUGCACGUUCAGUGUGUGUGUGCACAUCGCUCUCUCUUUUAGACAGAAUAGCAGGUUUCCUAUCUUAAUUUUGUCAAGGCCGGCUGUUCAGACAUGGAUCUUCAUCUACUAUCACUCCUGUUGUUCUGUGUCUGCAGACAAGGACUCACUAAUGAUGAGGUGUUAAAUGAUUCUCCAAUCCCUCUUAUCCCAUUGAUGCCCAGCCAUCCCAAAGAGGAAUCAGGGAAUUCUGCCCCAAGUACACAGGAGCCUUCAAAAACAGGUCACCCCUCAGCGGCCACUGUCCCCCCUCUUCUGGUGCCGACCAGUGGCUCCAAUGGGGACUCAUCUGAGGAGGACAAUCAGAAGCAGGAUGAGGGAUGUAGGGCCCAGGCCCGCAGGCCAAAAUCCAGGAAGGCCUUAGCCUAUGCUAUCCAGAAACUGGGCAUGAAGAUGUUGGGCCAGAUGAAGACAGGACCUGAGCAGCCCAAUGUCAUCAUAUCCCCCCUCAGCAUAUCCCUGAUCCUCUCCCAGCUGGCUCUGGGAGCCUUGAAUGAGACAGAGGAGCUACUGAUGAGGCAUCUCCAUGCUAACACUCUGCCCUGCUACCAUAUGUCCAUACAAAACUUCCUGGAACGCCUCCGCAAGAGCGACCUCCAAGUAGCCACACGAAUCUACCUGCAGAAAGGGUUUGAGCCCAAACCAGAGUUUGUUAAUCAGUCUCAGUAUUUAUACGACUCGGAGCCAGUGACCUUUAAAGGGGUGGCUGAGGUCAAUGAGUGGGUAGAGAAGGCCACCAAUGGAAAGGUGUCUGACUUCCUGACCAGUCUACCGCCCAAUCUGCUCCUCAUGCUAAUCAAUGCUGUCCACUUUAAAGGAGAAUGGAAGGCUCGCUUUGACCCGCGAUUCACUUCCAAAGAUGUAUUCUACAUUGAUGACAAGCAUUUGGUCAAUGUUGAUAUGAUGAUGGGGCCCAAAUACCCCUUGAGUCUGCUCAUUGAUGCUGAUCUGGAUGCUCAGGUAGCUUGGUUCCCCUUCAAGAAUCACAUGAGCAUGCUGGUCGUGAUGCCCAUGAAUGGCCAGGUGAACAUAUCAGACCUGGCAACAAAGCUAAACAUAUCUGACCUGUACGACCGUCUGCCUGAAGAGAGGUCCAUGCAGGUCAAACUGCCCAAAUUCAAACUGGACUACAGCCAGGAACUGUGUGAAGCUCUCACCAAUAUUGGUAUGGGGGAGUUGUUCACCUCCCCUAACCUGGCAGCCAUAGCGGAGGGCCCUCUGCUGGUGUCCAGCGUGCAGCACAAGUCCAGUAUGGAGAUCACUGAAGAGGGAGCAGAGGCAGCAGCAGCCACCACCGUGGUCAUCUCCCGGUCCAACCCCUCGUUUAGCCUCAACCAGCCCUUCUUCUUUGCCCUCAUGGACGAUAAGACUCAAGCACCCAUCUUCCUCGGCGUCAUCACUAACCCCAAUCCUGGAGCCCCUGCUGUGCAGAGUAGUGGCGGGUCUGGCGGUGACAAGAAUGACAAGCAUUUUGAUAAGUCUUUUGGAGAGCCACCUAAGUAAGCAUGAACCUCAUUUAGUCAAUUACUGUAGGGUGACUGUCUAUAGACUAUGAACUGCACUGCUGUCUGUCUCAGAAAAUGAAAGUCCCAGCAACUCAGAUGCACGACAAAAGCCCAAGUCAGCCAAAUGCUAAACUGGAUUAAAAUGCGACAGUGUGACAAAAAAAUGAAAAAUUUACAAUUAUUUUGCUUUUUUCUUUUAUUUUAAAUAUACAAAACAAUGACGUGCCCCAGAUUUUCCAAUUAAGUUUAUUGCUGAUUUAAAAAAUAAAAGUAUUUUUAUCCGA